AUGAACGCCGAUGUAGAGGGCGAAUUCGAUGACCUCUACCAAGAAUUAUGGGCUGGCUUUGCUCCUGGCGGUAGCAAUUUCCCUGUCACAGCAGGUUUAGAACCAGCACUCGACUCUCCGAUGUUGCCAGACGGCGAAAGAGCAAUAUAUUCACAUCCUAUCCUCCCUCCUUCAAGGACGCUGUCUACCUUAUCAAACAGCACAACAACUACCAUAUCCCAGCAAUCAAUUGCUGGCCCACGCCCUUUACCGAGACCAUUACCGAGACCGCCCAGUGCAACAAUCACUCCACUCAUCCCGCCGCCCCCGCCCCCUCUCAAAGCUCCAGGUUAUUAUGCCCCGGCGCAGCUCACGUCAAUCGGUAGUCUCUUAACCGCACAACCUUCCACUCAACCCAAUGCAACUCUCAGUCCUAAUGGAAUACUCAGUCCAGUCUCUGCACUCGAGUAUUGGGAUUCGCCAAUCGACACAGAUAGCUUUCCUCAACGCCCGAUAUCAAAGCCACCGACGCCGCCGCCACCACCACCACCACUACCAGAACCUACCUGGCAACGAACAGCUUAUUCCGCAAAUUCCUACAACGCAGAAGCGGGACCCUCGUACUCCAAUGGACGAUCGUACGAGUCGUAUCUGGCUGAGGACCACCAGUCUGAUCCUUUCUACUCUUUCGGUGAAUUGGCAGAGAACUUUGCUGGACCAAGCAACAUUCCUCCCAGUCCGACUGGCCUCCUUCAGGUCAUUUCUCGUUAUAAUGAACGCGAUCCCCGGCCUUUAGAGCUUCACGAGGAAGAGGAUGAAGGUUACUGGGAUGAAGAAGAAGAUGAUGAUGAAAUGCGCUAUAUCAAUUUUGCAUUACUCUCACAUGUCGCCGUGCAGUUCCGCGACAAAGUCCUUCGAGGGACUCAUGUCAAAGGCAGCAUACCGUACCCCCGAGCAUUCACCGGAAAAGAUGUCGUCUCGACGAUCCAGUCGCUUAUUCAACGAGAUCUAGCCAUUGAUCACGGAAUAUCGACCAACGACCGCCGCGCUUCCUUACAAGUGGCUCGCAGCUUACAAAGCCAGCUUUUCUUUUACGAAGUAGAAUGGGGCGGUCGUAUCCUUCAGGAUGGCGUGGAGGAUGUUUAUAUGUUUCUGGACGAUCUCGAUGGACCAUCGGAUUCGGCGCCAGAUCGCGAAGAACUCCCUACGGCUGUCGUGACAAUGCUUACCAAGUGUUACUCACCGAGUUGUGGUGAGGGUCUCCCAUGUUACUCUUUUUCGUGCCCCACCAGGGGUAACUCCAUCAUCCUGCAAAUUCCCACCGUAGAAUCAUCAACAGGCCCCCAGCGAGAGGCGUGGAUCAAGAGCGUGCCUCAGGAAGUUUUGAUCUCACUUCCUGAGAGUGAAAUCAACCGCCAAACCAUCAUCCACAAGCUCAUCAGUAAAGAAGAGCAGUAUUUGCAGGACCUUGAUAUGGUUGAAUCCCUCUUCAUUCGACCGCUCCGUGUUGCGAAUCCCCCCAUCAUUCAGACCAAAGUCGACGACUUCAUUGAUGAGGUUUUCGGCAACAUGUUAGACCUACGAGAAUGCAACCGACGCCUCCUUGAAGUCAUAUAUGUUCGUCAACGCGAGCAAGCUCCGGUGAUCCAACGUAUCGGCGACAUCUUCCUGGACGGUGCGACCGAGUUCCGUCUCGCCUAUCCAAUAUAUGUUGGGCAUCACCCACUGGCCGAAAAGCGCAUGAAGGAAGAGCUCGAUACCAACCCAGCCUUUCGAUUAUUUGUUGAGCGAUGCUCUAGGCAAUCAGGCCGGACUGGCGCUCGCAUGGACCUGAAACAUUUUCUCAACAGGCCGUCUGAACAUCUUCAAAAGUAUCCUGUGCUCUUAGAGGCCAUUUAUCACGAGACGGCCGUUGGGAACCCCGACGCAGACUAUCUCCUUGAAGCCAUUGGAGCCAUCAAAAAUCUCCAGAGCGUUGCGCAACUAAGAACCUUUCAAACAGCCAUGGGAAAGGGAAUACCAGGGAAGUGGGAGUGGCAUGACCUUGUCUCUGUGGACGUGAGGCAAGAGAUGCGUAAAGAAGAAGCAAAACGCCAAGCGGUAAUAUUCGAAUUGAUCAAAGGCGAAAUGUCGUAUGUCAAGGACCUCGAAAACAUUGAGAACAUGUAUAUCCGACCUUUGCGUAAUGCCGAUCCUCCCAUCAUACCAUCGGAUCGGAUCGAUCAAUUUAUCAAAGACGUCUUUCACAAUUGUGCCCACCUUCAUGCCCACCACCGUUCGCUCAUAAACAAGCUGCAUGAAUUACAGAGAGAACAGCAUCCCAGAAUACGAAGCAUCACAGAACCAGUUCUCGAUGCUGCCCUCAAUUUCCGCGAGGCUUAUUUGGAGUAUAUUCCCAACUAUCCCAUUGCAACAUACCGAAUUGAUGACGAGGCGGCGAAUAACCCUCUUUUCAAAGCUUUCGUUGAACAUGCUAUCCGACAUCCCGACGCACAUAGACUAGACAUGAAAAACUUCAUUAACCGACCCAUUCCGCGAUUGCUGCGGUAUGAGUUACUAUUGAAGGGAAUCUUGGAGGAGACGCCUCCGGAUCACAGCGACCGUCAAACCAUUCCUCAACUUCUUGACAUCAUCAAGUCUCUGGGGAGAGAGAGCGAGCCUGGUGUUACUUCAGCGAAGCAGAAAGUCGAGCUAUGGCGUUACAACUCCCAUAUUGUCUUCAAGCCGGGCGAGUGGAUUGACAUGGACCUUCUGGAUGAAAAUCGAUCUUUAAUCUAUGCAGGGCGUCUGUUACGCCAACCCGAGAAUGGCCGGACCUGGAAUGAGCUCUACGUAUUGCUGUUCGACAACUAUCUCGUGAUGACCAAGCCAAAGGAGAAAGACGGACUAACCAAAUAUCAUGUUGUGCGACGACCAAUACCCCUCGAUCUUCUAACACUCGUCAAUUUUACUGACCCACCCACUCAACGAGGAACUGGGCUGCUUCGCAACUUACGGGGUGAUCGAUACACAACUGGAGGUGAUGGCAUCAUUUCCGAGUCAUCUGCCGACGCUCGGUCUGUGUAUCCAUGCACAAUUCAUCAUAACGCUCGAGUUGGCGGAUCACAUAUUCUCUAUGCAGAGUCAGCACAAGCAAGAACAGAAUGGAAAGAAAAGCUAGAGGAAGCUCUCGGCCUCCGUCAUGUCGUGCAAGAAUCAAACAAAGUCUUCGAGCUCGAGAUGUUGAGCGCAGAUACUUUCUUGGUCCCUUCCCUUCUCACCCCACCUACCGCACCAGUCUAUCACGAAAACUCCUUAACUGGCAAAGUAACUUGUUCAGUUCCAUUCAAUACUGCAGAUGGACGUGGUUUGGUUGCGAUAGGUUGCGCUGAAGGUGUAUGGAUAGGUUUCCGUCAUGAUUCUCGUUCUAUGCGGCGUGUCCUUCAUCUAAAGAUGGUCACACAAUGCGCAAUGCUCGAAGACUUUGGCAUCUUUCUUGUUCUCGCCGAUAAGUCUUUGUUUGCGUAUCACAUUGAAGCGCUCGUCCCGUCGUCCCCGCAAAGCGCCAAUGCCAACCAAACCCCUCAAAAACUUAAUGGCAACGUCCAAUUCUUCAGCGUGGGGACUUUACUUGGUCGGACACUGGUGGUCUUCAUGAAGCGGAAGAAUAUUGAGAGCAUCUUUCACGUGGUUGAACCGAUUAUAGACAAAAUCAAUGAGCGGUCCAAGGCUCCAGCAGGGAUCGGUAGCCGAUUCGGGUUUCGUCAACCCAAAGCAGACUGGUUUCGGAGCUACCGCGACUUCUUCCUGCCUUGUGAAUCGUUCGACGUCAUGUUUCUCAAGGCCAGAAUCGCGAUUCUGUGCACAAAAGGCUUCGAGAUUAUGGAUCUACUCGACUUCAAAAGUGUCACAAUUCCACAGAAGGAGGACCCCCGCCUCGCUAAUCUUGCCAAACGUUGUGAAUCAUGCCGACCGUUGGGCAUGUUCCGAUCCACCGACGAGGAAUUCCUUCUCUGCUACAACGAAUUCGGGCUAUAUGUGAACAAGCACGGGGAUCCUAGUGCCAGCCGCCCUAUGGUCACAGUUGAAUGGGAAGGAACUGCGGAACGAGUGGCCUUCCAUGCGCCAUAUAUUCUGUUGUUUGACACUCGGUUCAUCGAAGUUAGAGACGUUGAAACCGGGAGACUUGCCCAAAUCAUACCAGGCAACGACAUGCGUUGCAUUUGGGAUGGCCGUGGCCAAGCUUCGAACAGCAACGAGCAAAAUCUAGCUGAUCAUCGUAACGGAGUCCUUCAAGACGCGCGAGUUCAUGGCGUUAUGAAUGCGUCAGAACCCACACCCCAAGUUGGGCGACCACCCCCGCGGGCCGUGGCGCAACAUGUUUUUGAGCUGAUUCCAACCAUUCCUUUGUACCUUCCUGGCAGCCUGGCGUCGCCAUCCACCACCACAUACUUUGUCUCACCCUCACCACCACACUCUCCGACACUCCGUCCUGUCACUUAUCGCGCAUCGUAA